AUGCAUUCACAAUCUAGCUUCGGCGCCUUUGCACUCGGUCUUGUUCUCGCAUGCUCGUCUGUCAGAGCUGACGCACCUUGUGACAUUUAUGCCGCUGGUGGCACGCCUUGUUAUGCUGCACACAGCACUGUUCGUGCCUUGUACGACAGCUAUACGGAUGCACUGUAUCAAGUGAUCCGCGGCUCUGACGGUGUCACGAACGAUAUCAAACCUCUGUCCAAUGGUGUUGCCGAUAGUAGCACUCAAGAAUCGUUCUGCUCCGGCUCAACCUGUCUCAUAAGCAUAAUCUAUGACCAGUCCGGUAGAGGAAACCACCUCACACAGGCGCCACCUGGAGGUGCUGCUCAAGGCCCAGAUAGCGGUGGUAAAGACUAUUUAGCAAGCGCAAUCGGUGCACCGGUUUUCGUUAGUGGCUCAAAGGCAUAUGGAGUGUUCAUUUCUCCGUACACUGGCUACCGCAAUAACAACAUAAACGGCUCAAUUACUGGCGAUGCUGCCGAGGGAAUGUAUGCAGUCUUUGACGGCACGCACUAUAAUGACAGAUGCUGUUUCGAUUACGGAAACGCCGAAACAAAUAGCCAAGACACCGGCAAUGGCCAUAUGGAAGCCAUUUACUUUGGUAAUGGCGGAUACAAAGGUUCUGGCAAUGGGCCAUGGGUUCAGGCUGAUCUCGAGAAUGGCUUGUUUUCUGGCGGUGACAGUAAUGUGAAUGAUGACAACAAGAGUUUGCAGACCCGCUUCGUGACUGCGAUACUCAAGGGCACGGCAGGACAAUGGGCUCUCCGCGGUGGAGAUGCUACUUCGGGCUCACUAUCGACAAUGUACAGCGGAGCACGCCCAAGCGGAGGCUAUGAUCCUAUGCAUAAGGAGGGUGCCAUUAUUCUUGGGAUUGGUGGUGACAAUAGUGACAGGGCACAGGGAACGUUCUACGAAGGUGUUAUGACGACUGGAUAUCCAUCUGACGAUACCGAAAACAAAGUUCAGGCCAAUAUCGUUGCUGCCAAAUAUGGUACUGCGGGUCUCGUAUCUCCAAAUUUCAAAUUUGCUAAAGGCUCGACCAUCUCUUUGCGCGUAACAACCGCCUGUUGCACAACACGGUAUAUCGCCCAUACCGGCUCCACUGUCAAUACGCAGAUUGUUUCAUCUUCUAGCAGCGCAGAUCUUAGAGAGCAGGCUAGCUGGGUCGUUCAUACAGGCCUGGGCAAUAGCGACUGCUACUCAUUUGAAUCGAAAGACACCCCGGGCAGCUAUAUCCGUCAUUAUAAUUACCAACUUAGCCUUGACGCGAAUGACAAUAGCAAGCAGUUUAGCGAAGACGCUACAUUUUGCCCCCAAACUGGAAUUAAUGGGAAUGAUCAUUUCUCAAUUCGAUCUUGGAGCUACCCUACACGUUACUGGCGCCACUACAACGCUAUACUUUACAUUGCAAGCAAUGGUGGUCCUCAUGACUUUGAUGCAACCUAUUCGUUUAAUGACGAUGUGAGCUAUGCGAUCACCACGGGGCUUGCCUAG